AUGGUUAAAAUUGAAGAGUUAAAUCGGAAGAGAAGUUCGGCGAAGAAAAAGUUCGACGACGAGGUAAAAAGCUUCGAAUUUGUGCUAGAAGCUCGCCCGGAAAUACAUAGUCUUGAAGAGGCUUUUGGCGAAGUCAAGGUAAAAUAUAAAGCUGUAAGAGUAAUACAUGAUGGAAUUACUGACUUAAUGGUCGAAGCUGACAUUGAGGAAGCCGAUUUUACAAACCAUGAUAUUUUUAUUACGGAAAUCAUUGCAAAAUAUGGCGAUUUACUCUCAAAGUUAGAACAAUAUCGACGAAAAUGUGAAGUAGAUCAAACAUCAAAGGGACUACCGACCGAAAUGGAACCCAAACAACAGAGGUCUAAUCUGGAGAGAAUCAAGGUACCACAAUUUUCUGGAAACAUUAAAAAUUAUCGAACAUGGAAAAGAAUUUUCGAGGACACUAUGAAGAGAAAUCAUGAAAAUGAAGGAAGUCAACUUGCAAGAUUGAUCGAAGCUAUCCAACCCCCCCUGAGAUAUGAAAUUGAAUGUUUUACUACAACUAAAGCGAUAUGGGAAUUUCUCGACAAGUUAUUUGGAGACGACAAAGAGUUGAUUAAAAUUUUGAUGAAUGAUAUCAAAACAAUGAAACCCUUGAAGGUCAAAGAUGCAAAGUCGAUUCGGAAUUUGGUCGCAACAGUUCGUGGGUUUAUUCUCAGAAUGGAGGAUGUUGGAGCAUCUGACGAAGCCAAAAGUAGAUAUGUGUUUGCUGAUAUUCUGACGGUAGAAGAUCAAAGAGCUUAUGCACGGAGUAUGAUUGAUACAAAGAAAAUUGAAAGCCUGCACACCUUGUUGGAAUACCUAGAAGAAGAGGCAAAAAUAAUGGCAAGUAGUCAAUCGGAUCAACGCUCUUCAAAAAUUGGGAUUUAUCCAGUUAAUGUGGACGGUGGUUACAAUGGUGGUUACAAUUGUGGUUUGGGUUGUUCCCAACAACAUGGUUUAGGUUAUUGUCCAGCAUUUAAGAAGAUGAAAGUGAAGGAAAAGUGGGAAGUGGUGAUUCAGUCCAAGAGAUGUAAAAAAUGUCUGCGAACUGGACACCGACACCAACAGUGUUCGCGAAAGGCAUGUGAUAUCAACAGUUGUGGAAGACCACAUCAUUACCUAUUGCAUAAAGAUCCAAAACAAGUGGACAAUGGCAAUCUGAACCCUGAUGCACAACCAUUCAAACCAGAUCAAGAAGGAGCUACAGGCACGGGAAAGUCCAAUCAGGUUGGUGCUAUUUCAGCUGGUAAUGCAGGAACUGCAAAUGUACCAACUCAAAAAGUCAAGGUGCACAGUGCCAAUGGGAACUCUAUUGAGGGACUUGCCAUGGUUGAUAGUGGUUCUAAUAAGAGUCUCAUUCGGAAAGAGUUUGCGGACAAGCUCGGUUUGGUCGGAGAAACAAAAAAGAUGAAGAUGUAUGUUGCAGGCGGUGGAAUUAGAGUUGAAGAUUCUGCUGAGUUUGAUUUAAAGAUAUCGCCCUGUUAUGAUGAAGAUAUUGUAUUCAAUGUGAGAGCUUAUUCAGUCAAGAAACCGUGCCAAGCAGCUAAAACUGUUUCAAAGAAAGCGGUAGUCAGAUUUCCUCACCUUGUUCGAAUUGUAGAAGAUCUACAUUUGAAUGGCGGUCCAGUGGACAUUCUAUUGGGAACAGAUCUACCGGAAGCCCAUCGUGAUUUUAAAGUUCUGGCGGGUAACCCUGGUGAACCGAUUGCAAAGAAGAACAUCUUUGGCUGGUCGGUCCUUGGUAAUCUUGAAGAGAAUAGUACGCCUGGAAUUUUUGCUGUCGAAACCAUUGACGACAUAACAAAGGACCAGGACAUAAAGAAAUUGACUUUCCAAGAUCAAUUAGGAAUCAAACCAACUGGUCACUGUACAUGCUCUGAGAAGGAAAUGCGAGAAUGUGCAUUCAUUCGACAUGUUCGGGAGUCUACUAGAGUUUUGGAUGAUGGAAGAAUUGAAGUAAGAAUGCCUUGGAAACCAGGACAUCCCAAUCUACCUAACAACCGGUCUAUCGCCUUCGAACGAAUGGUGUCGAAAGAAAGGCAGCUGGUAAAGAAAGGAAAGUUGGAGGCGUUUACAAGGAAGUAA